AUGAGCGGCCUAUACCAAAUCCCGGACCUUCGGCAUGACCUGCACCAGAGCAUCCAGAGCAUCCAGCUCGACGCAUCAUGGGCAAACGACUCUCCCUACCCGCCCGUGCGGACUCCCGGCCCUCGCAUGAGCCAUGCAAGUGCCCCAAGCUGGACCUCGGCAUCAUUCAUGAAGCCCUCCCAUGCCGGUCCUUCACAGGUUCCGCUUUCGAGAUCAUUGCCCCAUCCCAUAUCAGCAGCAGGCACCUCCAUGGGUAUGUCAGCAGAAGGAUCUCAGUGGCGGGUCUCGGACGCAGACACAGAACCUCCCGCCGAGCUUGGAGCGUGGGCUACCACUGAACCCAGCAUUGAGGCCAUGACUGUUGAGCCGGUGUCCGAGCGGGACUUGGAGAGUGCAGUGUUCACGCAGCAGAACCAGCACGGGAGGACGAAGGGUGUUGUUGGCAGUUUCAUGAAUGGGAUCAGGAGCCUCCCGCGAACUCUCACGAAAAACCCACUACGCUCAACGAAGAAAUUGCCAGACGAAAUGUUCAGAGCCUCAGAAUCCGUCGAUCCGCUGCCGCGCUAUGACGAUCCCGGGCAGCCCAUGGCAGGCCCAUCCAAUGUGCAAUACGUACAAGCCAUGGAGAUGCCCAGCGAGCAUCCCGUUUCCGCCGAAAUGGCGUAUCCGCAGGAGGAGCAAUCCGCCGACAUCGCCCUUGAGGACCCGCACUCUACGCACCUUGACAACAUGGAUCCGCCACGUGCGCCCGCUCUCAUGCCGAUGGUACGCACGCCUGUAGACGUCAUUCCAGAGCACGCAUCGGACUACAAGAUGAUGGAUCCCCCGCUUGACUAUCGCCCGCCAGGCCACGACUCGCUCCUCAGCGUCUUCGCGAAUAUUAUUGAUUUUCUCAUCGCGCUUAGGGACCUCCCAUGGACGUCCUCGCCUGUCACAGUCGAGUAUUUCCCCGAGGACUCGGUUCGUGCGUUCAAACCGGAGAAGAAGGUCGGCUCGUGGUACACGAUGCCGAAACGCCAGGACAUCGACCUCAUCUCGACGCCAUUGAGCGCAAAACCCGAGAUCUCGCACGGCGAGGUUCAGCUUGUCCGCUCGGCCACUCCUGGCAUGCAGUCUCUGCGUACUUCGCACGGCGGGAGUAUCUGCGAGUCCUUAUACCAGAGGUACAGCAGCGGCAGCGUGAUCCGGGACGGGCUGCCGUCCCCUGUAUCGUCUGGGCGAAACUCGAGGCAGGUGUAUGUCAACAAGGGAAAGCAGCCGAUGUACCCACUCUCUCCAAGUUCGUUGGGUGGGUCUGCGCAGCUCGCACCUGGCUUCGGCCGUCCUGUCGACUCGGAGACGGGGGAGCCGAUCCCCGUGAUGAUGGUCGUAGGGAAUCACCCGGUGAUCAUCCAGUCGCCAUCUCGAGUAUCGCAUGCGCCUACACAUAUACGAUUUUCUGCGUUAUCGAAGUCGGCAUCGAAUAUUGCGGAUACGAGCAUGUCUCGAUGA